ACGGGAGGAGGAAGAAGAAGAAGAAGAGGAGGAGGAGGAGGAGGCGGCCCCCAUUGUGCGUCCGGCGGCCAUGGCGGCCAAUAUGUACCGGGUCGGGGAUUACGUCUAUUUCGAGAACUCCUCCAGCAACCCUUACCUGGUGAGACGGAUCGAAGAGCUCAACAAGACCGCCAAUGGGAACGUGGAGGCCAAGGUGGUCUGCCUCUUCCGCCGCAGGGACAUCUCCAGCAGCCUCAACAGCCUGGCGGACAGCAACGCCCGGGAAUUCGAAGAGGAGUCGAAGCAGCCGGGAGUGUCGGAGCAGCAGAGGCACCAGCUGAAGCACCGGGAACUCUUCCUCUCCCGCCAGUUUGAAUCUCUGCCGGCCACCCACAUACGGGGGAAGUGCAGCGUGACCCUUCUGAAUGAGACGGACAUCCUGAGCCAGUAUCUGGAGAAGGAGGACUGCUUCUUCUACUCCUUGGUGUUCGACCCGGUGCAGAAGACCCUUCUGGCGGACCAGGGGGAGAUCCGCGUGGGCUGCAAGUACCAGGCCGAGAUCCCGGAUCGAUUGGCCGAGGGUGAGUCCGACAACCGCAACCAGCAGAAGAUGGAGAUGAAGGUCUGGGAUCCAGACAACCCGCUGACGGACCGGCAGAUCGAUCAGUUCCUCGUCGUGGCCCGAGCCGUGGGAACCUUUGCCCGGGCGCUGGACUGCAGCAGCUCCAUCCGCCAACCCAGUCUGCACAUGAGCGCGGCCGCCGCCUCCCGAGACAUCACUCUGUUUCACGCGAUGGACACGCUGCAGCGCAACGGGUACGACCUGGCCAAGGCCAUGUCCACCCUGGUGCCCCAGGGAGGCCCCGUCCUGUGCCGCGACGAGAUGGAAGAGUGGUCGGCCUCGGAGGCCAUGCUCUUCGAGGAAGCGCUGGAGAAGUACGGCAAGGACUUCAACGACAUCCGCCAGGACUUUCUUCCCUGGAAGUCCCUGGCCAGCAUCGUCCAGUUUUAUUACAUGUGGAAGACCACCGACCGGUACAUCCAGCAGAAAAGGUUGAAGGCCGCCGAAGCCGACAGCAAACUGAAGCAGGUCUACAUCCCGACCUACACCAAGCCGAACCCGAACCAGAUCAUCUCCGUGGGGUCCAAACCGGGCAUGAACGGGGCGGGAUUCCAGAAGGGGUUGACUUGCGAGAGCUGCCACACCACCCAGUCGGCGCAGUGGUACGCGUGGGGCCCGCCCAACAUGCAGUGCCGGCUCUGCGCUUCCUGUUGGAUCUACUGGAAGAAGUACGGGGGGCUGAAGACGCCCACGCAGCUGGAGGGAGCGGCCCGGGCCGCCACGGAGCCUCAUUCGAGGGGCCACCUGUCGCGACCCGAGGCCCAGAGCCUCUCGCCCUACACGACCAGCGCCAACCGGGCCAAGCUCCUGGCCAAGAACCGGCAGACGUUCCUGCUGCAGACCACCAAGCUGACCCGCCUGGCUCGGCGCAUGUGCAGGGACCUGCUGCAGCCCCGCAGGGCGGCCCGCCGCCCCUACGCCCCCAUCAACGCCAACGCCAUCAAGGCCGAGUGCUCCAUCCGACUCCCCAAGGCCGCCAAGACGCCUCUGAAGAUUCACCCCCUGGUGCGGCUGCCCCUGGCAACCAUCGUCAAGGACCUGGCGGCCCAGGCUCCGCUGAAACCAAAAACCCCCCGGGGCACCAAGACGCCCAUCAACAGGAACCAAAUGACUCAGAACCGGGGGCUCGGAGGCAUUGUGGUGAAGCGAGCCUACGACAGCGUGGUUGGGGCCGGCGUCCCAUUCUCAGCCAACGGGAGACCGCUGGCCUCGGGAAUGCGCUCCAGUUCCCAGCCGGUGGCCAAGAGGCAGAAGCUGAAUCCGGCCGACGCUCCGAACCCGGUGGUGUUCGUCGCCACGAAAGACACCAGGGCCCUGCGGAAGGCCUUAACUCACCUGGAGAUGCGGCGAGCCGCUCGCCGGCCCAAUUUGCCCCUGAAGGUGAAGCCGCCGCCGCUGCCUCCGUCCCGACCCCCGAUCCCUCCACCUGUGGCCCCGCACCCCGCCAGCACCAACGAGCCCAUCGUCCUGGAGGAUUGAGCAUCCCGGGGGUGGGGGGGGGGGAGGAAAG